AUAGCCAUCCCUUCACAUGCAGUCCUUUACGUGCCAUUCCAUCGCAAGUAAAACUUCAGCGAGUCGAUCAUCUUCCGAUGGGUCGUUGGGUGAGGCCAGAGGUUUUCCCGCUCAUGGCGGCGAUGACCUUCGUGACGAGUAUGUGCGUGUUCCAGCUCACGCGGAAUAUGCUCAUGAACCCUGAUGUCAGGAUCAACAAGACGAAUCGCACCACAGCGGUGCUCGAGAACGCAGAGGAAGGUGAGAAGUAUAGCCAACACAGCCUGCGCAGGUUCCUCAGCCAUCGCCCCCCCGAAGUGUUUCCGGCUCUCAAUCGCUUCUUCUCCAGCGCUGACGAAUAGAGUAAAGCCAGCAAAGCAAGUAUAUGGUAGGAUUGCAAGUGAUGUGUCAUGUCCAUGUCUCUAAACUCUAGAUUUGGAGUCCUCAGUUCUCUAACAAGUCUGUAUUGUUGAAUUCUUAUUAAAGGAAUAAACUAAGUUGUUAUCGGAAGUUAAUUAUU